CUGUGUUGCGUUGGAUGAAGGAUGGAAGGUGGGGAACUCGUUGUUGGCUGUGUUCUGUACAAAGGGGUUUCCAAUUCCAUCAUCAUCUGAAUUUCAAUUUCAAUUUCAAUUUCAUUUCAAAUUUCAAUUUCCACUUCGAUUUCGAUUUCUAUUACUCACACAUCAACAAAAUAGACGAAGCGAUAGAAGAAGAUUAAGAAAACACAGAGAGGUAGAUAGUUUAAUUUUAAUUUUAAUUUUAAUUAUUAUUAGGAAAAUGGAGGAUUAUUUGUUCGAUGUUGUGGAGUUUAUGAAGAAACCCUCGGUAACCGAAACAUUCGUUGAUAUUUUGCUAUGUGCGGUUCCGAUUUGGCUCGCCGUCAUGAUCGGCUUGGUUAUCGGCUGGUCAUGGCGGCCACGGUGGACGGGACUCCUCUUCCUCGGUCUUCGAAGCAAGUUUCGCUUCCUAUGGACGGCUCCUCCUGGGUUCGGUGCUCGCCGUCUUUGGUUAGCCUUCACCGCUCUCUCCGCUUUCUCUAUUUGCCGCACCUAUUGGUCCAAUUUCAAAAACAAGGCUAAAGCACAAGAUCCUUCUCCGCCUUCGCAUUCCGAUAGCGCCGCCUCUAAUUCUUCCGACGCAACUUUUCGGUCCGGUGAUAAGGCUGGAGAGAGAGAGCAGGAUAGUGUUACUCAGGCUGAUUUGGAACAUCUUCUGCAUCUUCUUGAAGGGAAGGAUGGAGUGAUGGAUUGGCAAAGUUUUAUGGAGAGAUCUACACCAAAUAUGCAAUACAAAGCUUGGCGUUAUGAUUCUGAGACAGGUCCUACAGUUUACCGUAGCAAAACUGUAUUUGAAGAUGCAACUCCUGAGUUGGUGAGGGAUUUCUUCUGGGAUGAUGAUUUUCGUCCCAAAUGGGAUCCUAUGCUCGCACACUGCAAAGUGUUGGAGGAAUGCUCUCAUAAUGGGACAACAAUCGUUCACUGGAUUAAAAAGUUCCCCUUUUUCUGUAGUGAUCGAGAAUAUAUUAUAGCUCGAAGGAUUUGGCAGGCUGGAAACGCAUACUAUUGUGUGACAAAGGGGGUGCCCCAUCCAAGUUUGCCAAAACGCGAUAAGCCCAGACGUGUAGACCUCUACUUUUCUAGUUGGGUAAUCAAACCUGUGGAAUCUCGCAAAGGAGAUGGUCAGUUGUCCGCAUGCGAGGUUACCCUUUUGCACUACGAAGACAUGGGGAUUCCAAAAGAUGUUGCAAAGUUAGGAGUUCGCCAUGGAAUGUGGGGAGCUGUCAAGAAAUUGCACUCUGGUAUGAGAGCAUACCAGAAUGCUAGGAAAACAGAGGCCUCUUUGUCGAGGUGUGCUGUGAUGGCAAGUAAAACAACCAAGAUUUCUUUUGAUAGAAACUCGCAUUCCACAGAGGCUGCAUCUUGUUUGGAAGAGAGGGUGCAAAGCAUCAGCAAUACCCCACAAAAUGGUCAUGGCCUGGACUGGAAGUGGGUGGCCUUAGGUGGGACUGUUGCUGUGGUUUUGGGUAUUCACAGUGGUGCAGUAGGACGUGCCUUGUUGUUGGGAGCAGGGCACAGAUUUGCACGGAGAUAAGUGAUCUAGGAUCUCAUCAGUUGAAAGUUCCCUUAAUCACCGUUCAGAAGAUUCAUCAUAAACUAUACUUAGACAAUCAUAUUUAUCGCUAUUGAAUGCUAAUUUUGCGGCUAUGAAUAUUAUUUUUUUAUAUUAGUUUCAACCAUAUUGGAUUCAUCUCGCUUGUGUGCUUUUUAGAAUGCAAAGCUGCAAAUCUGUGCCUUUUCUGAAGGGCGUAGAGAGGGGGAAUAAUUUCCCUGAGUUGUAAAAUAUCAUUAUGAUCCCUAAAAGUCCGAAACAAUCACUAUAGUCUUUUGAUUGUGUAAUUCGUUGGUAUAUAUAGUCCAGUUAGUUAAUGUUAA